AUGCGCAAUUCAAUUUUAAUAGAGUUUCUUGAGGUUGCAAUACAUAACAUUUUAUAUCAUUCAAACUUAUAUCCUGAAAACGUUUUUACUCGUAAACAAAAGUAUGCCAUUUCAAUACAAACAUGCAAGCAUCCAAAAGUAAAUGAUUACAUUAAGCAGUGUAUGAAUAGCAGUAAACAUUUACUUCAAUCAAAAUAUCUACAUAAAGUCUUGUUGAAGUUUUUUGACAACGGUGAACUAAUGUGCCAAUUUGCAUUUGUAGUUAAGGAAUGUGAUACCUCAAUAAGUGACCCCUAUUUUUUUAAGGCUGAGAGUCAAUUUAGAGAAUUUCUGUUGAAGAUGCCUUCUAUUCAAACUUACUUUAAAAAUCCAUUAUCAGGAGAAGCACAUUUUGAAAUUGCUUUAGAAACUACUGAAAGAGGAUAUACAGAAAUUACACAUAAUCAUGAAUUUCAGGAUUUCAAAUUUCUACGAACUGAAGAUACUGAUUCAAAGCAAGUAGCAAUUGUUCCAAUAUCUACCGACUUUCCUGUUGGAAUCCAUGUUUAUGCUGAGAUGCCAAAUUGAAAUUAUAUAAUUCUAAUAUUAUCAUAAUUA